AUUUUUUCCAAUUAUCCACUGUGAAACCCGUUGUAACAACUCUUGAAAAUGUGAGAACAUUUCCAAAUUCUGGUGUCCUCAUCUGCCCGAAUCCAAACUAAAGUUCGAGGAAUUGGAAGGUAAGGUACGUUUUACAGCAGUGGAAUUAAUGGAGAGAAGAAUUCGAAUGACGAUAACUAGUUCUCAAAGAACUUGAAUGACUCAGCUCAUGACUGCUCUUCUAAGAACAUGGAUCCAUAUCGCCUGAAACUUUUGGCACUGUCAAACGAGAUCACCGAACGAGAACUUAUUGAAUUAAAGUUUAUAUGCAAGCAGCAUAUUCCUGUCGGAGUACUUGAAAGAAUUCAAAGACCCCUUGAGUUGUUCGACGAACUUGAAAACAGGAAUUUGUUGAGUCCGGAUAACAAGGAAUUUUUGGCCGCCAUAUUCGCUGGAAUCAAUCGUCUGGAAUUGAGAGCUGAUCUUUUGGGUAAGAGUGUAACCCUCUCAAAAUAAAUAACAAUGUAUUGUAUUGUAUUGUAGUUGCAAUAAAAGGCUUUAGUCGUAAAUUAAUUCAUUUUGUAAGGGAUUUGUUUUCAGUUGCCUGAUCGGCGGCUGUUUUUGGUGCAUUAAGAGUCAAACUUGAGGGCAAGCUGUCUUCGGGGGUCUGAGAAGGAGAAAUAAUGCAUAUAACGUUUUAAUCAAAGGGUGCCUAGAAUCAAUAUUUGAUUCUCCUCAUUACAAUUCAACAACAGUAAACACUGCCGUUUUUAUUGAACAAAGUUUUAAACAUUUCAUUUUCAGAAUGAUAUUUCCCUAAAAACCAUGAGAUUGGGAGUCUUGUCGUGAGAAAAGCACAAAAAAAAAGAAAUCUUGAGACUCACAGCAGAAUAGUGAGCUUGGACCAGCUUGGGAGUAGAAGAGCGAGUGCUGAUCUUUUAGUCAUGUUUAUCACCUUGACUGGUCAAAAAGCUUCAAAAGUUCUUCAACUUCUGUCUCAAAGUUAGCCAUAGUCCUAAUUUGAAACGUUAAAAGUCCACAUGAAGAGAACUUAUUGUCCUCUGAAAGGUACAAAAUCAUAACAACAAAAGCUCUGGGCACAACUGUACGCUCAGCAAGUCUUGAUCGCGAAACAUGUACAGGAACAAUCGAUCUAUGACAGUUAUCCUUUUGAUACUGACUAAUUACGAAAAUGUCCACACCUGAGUGUAUACCUGCCAACUUUUUCUGAGAUAUAAGCGUGAGAUUUUUAUCCUGGGAGUGCUGGGAUUUUUGAAGGCGACACGAUCAUUUCCGAAGAUUCCCGAAGACGUCCGAAGUCUGCCGAAGGCGAAGUUAUCGAGAAAACGCUUAUCCAAAACAUCAGAGAUCGCGAGGAAGGUUUUACACAUGGUUUUCGUUCCUUACAUGGGUCUGAGUUAACAUAUUUUUGGAAAUUGUGUCAAGCAAGACGGCAACAACUCACAUUUUUCAAUCAGGCGUGAGAAAUUGGCCCGCAAGCGUGAGCCGGUGUGAGAUCGAAGUUUUCAACCCGCAGGCGUGAGAGUUGGCAGGUAUAUGAGUGACACAUUUUCAUAUUGCAGUGCCCACUAUAACUUGUUCCUUACACUACGCAUAAUCCACAAGUUGAAAAGUGCUCUUCACUCUAAGCGAUUUCCCCUUUAUCAAAAUUAAUGUUUUGGAUUUCCUUAAUGUAUACCACACACACACACUGUUCGUCACUAAUAGAGUGCAUGGGUCACAAGGUUUGGGAAAUUGUCCCCACAUCAUUAUAGGGAAGCAAGCAAGACGGCAACAACUCACAUUUUUCAAUCAGGCGUGAGAAAUUGGCCCGCAAGCGUGAGCCGGCAUGAGAUCGAAGUUUUCAACCCGCAGGCGUGAGGCGUGAGAGUUGGCAGGUAUAUGAGUGACACAUUUUCAUAUUGCAGUGCCCACUAUAACUUGUUUCUUACACUAUGCAUAAUCCACAAGUUGAAAAGUGCUCUUCACUCUAAGCGGUUUCCCCUUUAUCAAAAUUAAUGUUUUGGAUUUCCUUAAUGUAUACCACACACACACACUGUUCGUCACUAAUAAAGUGCAUGGGUCACAAGGUUUGGGAAAUUGUCCCCACAUCAUUAUAGGGAACCCCCUGUUAACUCUUAGGGACCUAGUGAAUUCCUGCUUAUGAUUGGCUGGGAAAAUGUCUCUGGGUUUGAGAGAAAGGGUGUAUACGUUACAGGUCAAAAUGAAAUUCAAGUCUGGAUUUUUUUGUCUCUUAGCCCUACUUAUUGAUGAAUUAGGGCUAGGAGAUGAAAUUGGGAAUCAACCUAAGUUUAAAAAUUUGAACCAGAAUUUAAUUUUGAUCUGUAACAUAAUUAUGUACAGUGUAGGUCUAACCAGUAGCAGACAUAAUGUGAUAUAGUAAUGAUGUUUAUUACAGGUCAGCCAAGAGAAGGCAGUAGCUCUCCUCUGACUCUGUAUCAGCAAACAUUAUUUGACCUGUACAAGGAUAUCAUUGGUUGGCUUCAGCCUCUUACAUGGAACAAAUCAUUUCUUAUCCACAUCAAGCACAUUUACACCAACCUCCAGAUGAUCACUCGGAGACAGACCGGGCGAGUUACAAAGCGAGAGCCCUUGGAGACGUAUGUUGAAAUCUUCAAUACUCGGCCAGGUUCCUCCAAGAUGAGGCGCAUCCUCAUAGAGGGACAGGCAGGUGUUGGAAAGAGUACAUUUGUGUCACUUAUGGUGUAUGACUGGGCUUGUGCUAGUCGAAAUUUGCAGCAUUUUAAGCUUGUUCUGUUUAUGGAGCUUAAGCAAAUGAAAGGGAAUUUGAAGAAUGAUAUCUAUGAGCUGCUUUUCCCGAGAGACUUUUACUAUUCAGCAGAUCACCUUUUCCAGUAUAUCACUGCCAAUCAAGAAAGUGUUCUCUUUAUCCUUGACGGUUAUGAUGAAGUGAAUCCUUCACGGCUGCCAGAAGUAGAAGAUCUGAUCAUGGGCAAGAUCUUCCGGAAUGCAACAGUUAUCGUCACUUCAAGACCCGGGAAAGGAUCAAGGGUGCACUGGUUCAUGGAUUCCCGCAUUGAGAUCACAGGCUUUACCAGUGAAAAUAUCCAUGAGUUUGUCUUUAAGUACUUCCAAGAUGAUGCUCCCAUGGCUGAGAGCUUAGUUGCUCAACUUGAAAUGCAUCCUGUUGCAGAGCACAUUGCAAGAAUUCCACUCACGGCGAUGCUCAUCUGUGCAAUGUGGGAGGAGAUGCCUCAAGCAGCAUUGCUUUCCUCAGUGACGUCUCUUUUCAUUGAGCUAACUCUCUUGCUUGUAAAGAGAUACUACUCAAGACAGGAUGAUCAGAGCAGUUUUGAUCCAGAAAAUCUGUGCUCAUUGGAAGACAUUCCAGAUGAUCUCUUCCAAAGUUUGCUAUCAUUGGGUGAGGUUUCACUAAACGGAUUGCUGAAUGACGAGUUACUUUUUGAUCUGCAGAGGCUUGAGAAAAUUUGUACCAACAAGGGUGCACUGGACAUUGGAUUCCUCUCAAAGGAAGCUGGAUCAUCAAGGCUCAAGCCAGUCCAGAAAUGCCGUUUUUCACACAGAUCUUAUCAGGAGUUUCUGGCCGCCCUUUGGUUGAGCCACAAAAUCAAACAGGCUUUGAAAGAUAGGUCAGUUUUUGAAGAUGUCAGUAUUUACAUCAUGAACUGCCUAUCAUCGGAACUGAACCAAGUUCUGUUUUUGUUCACUCCUGGAUUACUUGGAGAUGGAUUCCAACCUUUCUUUGAGCUCUUGUUACAAGAAGGAAGUAUGGAAGUUGUGGAGAAUGAAAGCUUGAAGCAGUCAUUCUUUGAAGUUUGUUUGAUUUCUCUGUACGAAUCCAAUCAAGGGCACUUAGCAUACAAGCUGGAACCCCAGAUGCCGUGGGGCAUUGUUGAGCUUCAUCACUUUAAUGCCACGCCGUACAAGCUGAGAGCUCUGGUGUACUUCUUGUCCAACAGCCAUUCAGUGACCUCGUUAGAGUUGAAUGACAGUCGAGUGGAUGCCAAAGCUCUUCAAGUACUGGCAAGAUUUCUUCCAGAAAUGGUCUCUAUCAGAGAGCUGCAUUUGACGUCAAGCAGGAUUACUGAUGCUAGUUUGACUGCAUUUGUGAGCUCACUUUCUACCGUGCCACAGUUGGAGAAACUCCAGCUAACAAGCAACCUUAUCAGUGAGCAUGGCUUAGAAAUCCUCAUCUCAGCCUUUAAGGAUCUUCCAAACUUGCGACAACUGGAUGUCCAAGGAAACAGGAUUGCCGAAGCUGGGUUUGGCGCUUUAGUCCCUGCGAUUGCACUCCUGCCAAAUCUGGAAGAGCUGUCUCUUGGAACCCCUGUGCUCCAUGAUGAACAACUUCAAGCAGAAGCAGGUUAAAUUAAUUUAAAUAACUUCAUAUUUAACUGUACCUGCCUACAAUCUCAGACAAUGCUGACAGAACAUCUGUGUUAUAGACAGUGGUCCCCAAUGUAACCACCACCCUGUAUAUUCAAUGACCUCACUAUUACAACUGCACUCUUUUGCCCAAAAUAAUGUAAAAACAAUGAGCCACUUUUUUGAUCCAAAACCUUGAUUACAUGGUGACCUUGCUAAAAAAUGUUAGCAGAUUUUCAUGGCCCUUGAAGAGUCCCAUAUACAGAGUUUCAUUCCACAGUUAAAAUAUUUAAAGUAAUAAUUUGAAAAAUAUUUCAAAUUUUGUUUCAAGGUGAAAAGGCUCACCCAACAGCUGAAGGCGAAUGUGCGACCACUUUGAGUGAGGAGACAUUCAUAUCAUUAAUGAAGGCUGCUCAUUCUCAUUGCACUCUUAAAAUUAUCAAGUGAGUACUCUGAUUUCUAACCAUGUUUUCUCUAUGUAGCUCCCAGUCUGUAAUGAGACCCUCCCCAUUUCUAAUAGUUCCCCAGUCUGAAGCACCAAAAAUGAAAUAAACCAGGGGUGUUAUUCCUUUUUAAAGCUGCAUAGCCUCCCAAGGAUAUGUUUGAGCCAUUUUGGUCCAAAAUGGCUCAUAGAUUUUACCCAUUGUCAUCUGAAAUAGGGUAUUAAGGUUUGCACUAGAAUCAGGUAUGGAUAUAGAAGAUGCAGCUUUUUACUUUUAUUCACUCCUUUAGGUAUGUGCUUUGAUUAAUUUGAAGCAUGUCUCAGAUGAUGAUGCAUACAAAUUGUAGCAGCUGUUUGGUACACUGGAGCUGGGAGCACUAAUAUUAAUUUGCCAUUGGAUUUUGUUUAAAUAAUAUACCUGUUAAAAAUCUCUCUUUUUCAGGCUCAGUCAAGGUGCAGUUCCAGAAGGGAAAGAUCCAGCUGAGUUUGAAUGUCUUAGAGUUUCAUAAAAGCUGCGCAACUUCAAUCUAUCCUCACUAUACUUUGCAGUUCUGCUUGAUAUCAGAUGCGAUUAACAAAGGAUUGUACUGUGAACUCACAGUCAAUUUUGUGGUAGUCAUCUACUAGUAAAAUUGAAAAUAAUCUCUAUGAACAGUGUAAUAUUCCCAAUUUUAAAUUAUGUAUAUUUCAGUGUAUCAAUUUAGGAAAAGCGGUGUCAAUGGCUCAUUACAUCACUUGAAAAACACAAUACCUUCAUUUAUUUGCGAGGGGGUACUUCCUAUAAUGCUCAAAAGGGGGAUAUUUUUCAGGUUUAUGGUAUACAUUGUAUGAAAAGCUAGGGAUUUAUUUCACUAGUUGUAGUAUAUGAAAGGGAAGGAAAAUCUGUCAUUUCAGUCUGUAAAAGGCCCAAAAGGGCUAACAGAUUCAUUUUGUGACUUUGAAAAAGUUGAGAAAACAUUCUGUUUUUGCGAAGCCCCCCGGUGUAAAAUUUUCCUGAGUACCCCUCGAUUGAUUUGUAGUAUAGAAGAAAUAAACUUUAAUUAAA